UAUUUUUUUUUUUUCGCAGAUGGCAAUACCGCAGGAACCGGUCCUGGAGAUCCGUGGACGGGUGGCGGUGGUGUUCAACCCCCAUACAGUGGAUAUGCACCCCCUCACCUGGCGCAGCCAGCCUACCCAAUGCACCUACCCCACGACCCCAUGGCAUACUCGGCGAUGUCGCCGAACGGUGAAUCUGCAGCGCCGAUCAUGGGCUCGGCGGUGACCAGUGCGGCUUCCCUGCCGCCAAUGUCGACAUUCCGGGGUAGCGCCGCGGUUGCGGCGAACAGCGGCACAGGGGCGCCGUCCCCGGCAUCGUUGCAAUAUAGCCAUAGUCCUGGUGCACCGACGACCGCGCCUUCCGCGCCCAACGCUGCGCCCACGACGAACCAGCAAUCUACCACGGACGACACCCUCGGCAAGACCCUCGCAUCAGUCGUAAGCAACCGAAUUUUUCCCACGGACCAAUCAGUAUCCAGUUAUAGCAGUAAUCCAUCUACGCCCGUCAGUUCGCCGCCACCUUUAACCAGCUCGGCACCAGGCUGGGCAUCUGGAGCCGCGCCAGUGUCUCCGCAUUUUACAGCGGAUCCAAAUCGUGGUAUUCACAUGCCGGCGCCUGAACAGCAGAGGCUAGACGAUGCCAUCGGCUUCCUUCGCGACCAUGCCGAGUUGGUACAGGGGACACGGAUGGAGGAACGGCUAGACGAUGCCAUAAACGUUCUGAGGAAUCACGCCGAGAGUCAAGUGGGCCUUCACCUCGGCCCGGUUGGUCCACACGGCGGGAUAUACUCGCAUACCUCACCACCGCAGCUGGACCAUCUGACGAGUCCACAUCCUGCGGUAACGGUAACGCAACCUCAGGGUUCCUACCCCGGUCUUACGCCCACGCCCGAUACAGAUGGUUCCAUUAAAAUAGAAAGGUUACCUGUGACGAAUGCCAAAUACAUCUCCUUAGAAAAGAGAAAAGAUCCGCCCGACAGUAGUGGUGGUGAGACGAAGCCAUCGAGCAGCGAACUUGCAGCAGGUGUAAUCGGGGCUGCUACAGUGAAUUCGACGUCGCAGGGAAAAGGGACGAAGAGAUCACGUAGAUAUUGUUCGAGCGCUGACGAAGACUGCGACGAUCCUGGUACUAAAGCAGUGCGCGAGAAAGAACGUCGCCAGGCCAACAACGUGCGUGAAAGGAUACGUAUCAGGGAUAUCAACGAAGCUCUAAAAGAACUUGGCAGAAUGUGUAUGACGCAUCUGAAGACGGACAAACCUCAAACGAAACUUGGUAUUCUCAACAUGGCUGUUGAAGUUAUAAUGACACUCGAACAACAAGUCAGAGAACGGAACCUUAACCCGAAAGCUGCGUGCUUAAAAAGAAGAGAGGAGGAAAAAGCCGAGGAUGGCCCUAAGUUACCAGGCCAUCUUGCAGCGCACAUAGCACAUCCGCAUUCUCAUCCACAUGCACACUCCCAACCACCCUUCCCCACAUUACCUGGUCCACAACCUUCCCUUCAGCACAAUCCACCACAACCGCAGUAGCAGCGGCUUAGUGGCGGUAUCAUUCUGUGUUAAGGGGUAGAUACAUCUUAAAAUCGAUAACAAAUUUACGAAUAUGACUUGCAUAUCUACAUAGAAAUUUUUUCUGCUCUCAUAUAAGUUGUAGGAGUGUGCAAAAAAUUAUGAAUAUUAUUGUGCUGCAUUGGCGGAAAAAAUAAAAGAAGAGGAGAAUAUAAAAAAAUUGUUCCACCCUCUAUCAUUUGGUUUUAAUAUCUUUAUUACUGUAUUAAUGUAUUAAUAUAUUAUAUAUUUUAAUAUUAUUACAAUUGUUACUAUUAUAAUUAUUUGCAUAAAAUCUGAAUCGCGCUUUGAAAUCAUGAUCUAUCUAUUCAUUUUACAAUAUGUGUUUCAGUAUUACUGCAAAAGCGGUACAUAAGAAUAGCCAUAAUUUUUUUGUAGCACUUCUCCAAUAUGCAGUUAAUAAGAAAAGUUGUAUGCUCACAUAAGCAUAGUGCAAGUAGUUUUAAGAGGCAUCUACCCCCUCAAGGCGGCUUCAAAUUAUUUUUAUAAAUAGCGGAAAGAAAAAAAAACACAAAGGAAUAUGGUUCCUCUCUUUCGAGAUAUAUAAUGUGUAGUACGAUCGAAGUUUUAUUAACGGUCGGACUUCGCUGCUGACUCAUGUUAAAUUGCCCAUUUUUGUGUAUACACUACCGUUUACGUUAUAACGCGCAAUAGGUAGGAAGAGAACUCGAGUUGGCUGAAAACAGAGUCACUGACUAAAGAUAAAGAUAAAGGCAACAUAUUUUCGGUUCGAUUACAGAAAUUAGAUAUACUUUACUUAUCUAAAUUGACGAAAUCGGCCAAUUCCGAUGAUUGAAAGCCUUUUGCAAGAUUUAUUCAUUUUUCAUUGAAUAUAGCUUGUUAUACCGGUGUAAAUAACAUAGAUUAUGUUGCCUUUAUAUUGAUCAUUAGACGUUGGCAAUACUGUAUAUAGAGACUAUUGUUUACGAGCGUUCAAAAUAUGAAUGUUGAAGAUGCUAGCGGUUCGUUCACGCUCGCGAAAAACGCCAUCCUGCAACUGACUCGCGGUGUGAUAAGAAAAUCACAUUCCGAUACUUGCAGCUUCUUUCUUGACACAUACAAUUUUAUUGAAAACAAAGAAAACGAGUUUUUUUUUCAUUUAUGUUAUUGAAUUAAAAAAACUUGCUUUUAAGCUAAAAAAAUAUAUAUUACUGAAUCAUAAUUUAACAUAUAUGAUACUAUAUAUAAACUAUGUAAAAACAUAUAUGUUAUAUUUAUGGAUUUGAAAUAUAUCAAUAUUUUGGUUGGAAAUAUUGUCCAAUUUGAUAAAAAAGCUGCAAUUUUCAAAUAAUAACGAAUAUUUCUUGUGACAUCGCGUUACGUAAAAUACUCUAACUUUUAAAAUCAAUACUAUUAUUAUCUGAAAAAAUAUGAAAAGGAAGAUGGCUGCAAAGAUACCUUACUUAACAAAGUUAUCACAUAUAUUUAUUUUAUUAUUUUUCAAGCGUUUUAUGGCUAGAAUUUGAUCAUGUAUGCCAUUUAAGUGCCAUUUAGAACUCUCUUGAUUUUAACAUCAAGCUGGAUAUUAUUAAAACAUUCAAUUAUAGUUUAUAUUAAAUAUAAUUUAUAUAUCCCUGCUAUUACAUGCAGAUUAUUUUUAACCGGUAAGCCAUUUUAAUUUUUUUGGAUUGUAUAAAAUAUUUCUAUAGUAACUGUAGGAAAAAAUAGCGUGAACGAUCCGUAUCCAAAACCGAAAGCGUACUUUAUAAGGAAUAACACUAUAAGAGAUAACAUUCGCGCAUUUCAAUGAAUAAUUUGUUUUAUUUUACUUUGAUGAUCGUUCGGAUGAUCUUUAAUUUAAGAAUAAUGGAGGAUUUUUAAUUUAAGAAGCCAUUUUAGAACAUCCUUGAAUUAUAUAUUAAUCAAUUUUACUAAUUAUAUAUCUUUUUUAUCUGUAUUUUGACACAAAAAGAUAUAAAUUAAAAUGGAAUAGAUUGUUUUAAUACAGCAAAAAAAAAAUGAGAAAAAAGAUUGGGCAGUUAAAACAUGCACAAAAGGAAGCUCUAAGAAAAUCAAAAUUAUUCAAAUAGUACGCUUUGUUUUCAUAGCAAUUUGUUAUGAUGAGUGCGUUGCAAUAUAUCAUUAGCAAGAAUUGGGAUACAUUUAUAUAUUAGACGUGUGUAUUGCGAAAAAUAUCACAAUGCUUGAUGCGAAAUGCAUCCUUUUCGUGACAUAUAAUAACAUAUGUUCAAAGGAUGUACUUUGCAAUUACAUUACACAAUGCUUUUCAUUAUCGAUGUUGCUGGAGAUAAAAAAUUUUACAAUGGCAUUCACUGGUUUUGGUAUAUUGUCGAUUCACUCUGAACCUCUUUGGGCCUUCGGGGUGUUCCUCUUCCUGCGCUAUCUUUGCCAUUGAUCAUUUGGGCAAAAUUUCUGUACUUAUAUGUACGCGAUAAAGUGGAAUAUAGAUGAAACAAAUGGAAUAAAUAAGCUUCGUAAGACGUGCUUAAGAUCGUUACGAACACAAUUCAACUCGCACAAGUAUGAGAAGAGACAAACCAACCCCAAUCAUAAUCAUGAUUAAUUAUUAUUAAUUAUUAUUAUUAUUAUUUUAUCAGUUAAUUACCGCCAAUGAGAUCUUUCGUGAAGGAAAAAAACGACACAUUUUUGUUUUUGAACAAAAAUAUAGCUCAAACGUAUCUGUACCCAGUUGCCAUGUAUUUUAAUUUAUAUUUAAAUUCUUAAAUAAAUUUUAUUGAAAAAAUGAAAAACCCAACAAAAAAGCAUUGAGUGUCCGUGUUUACUUCGCCUCUUUUCUGCUCUACUUUCUUUUUCCCUUUCUGUUGGUCUAUUGAGAAUAUUCUCUUGCACAAUGUACACGUAUAGCUAUAUUUUUCUUCAAAAGUAUGAAAGUGUUUCAAAGUUUAAGAAUGGAAAAUUAUACAAAUAUUAUAUGAUUCUGUUCGGGUUCUGUGACAAACCUUUUUCUUUAUGUCAUUCGAGAGCUAAAUUCAUAUCAAAACAAACAUAUGUCAAACACAUAUCAUGUAUAUUUAUUGUAGUUAUUGUACAAAAUAUUGUCUCUUGAUUAAUCUUUAAAUGUCAUAUUUUUAAAUGAUCAUUUAAAUUAAUUUUUAAGUGGUCUUUUCUUUAUCGUUUUCGUAUGACCAUGUUCUUCUGAAUUACAUAAUUUAAUCAUAACAAAUUGUUUACAAAAUUAUAUAAUGCUUAUGAAAUUAUAUGAUUAUCUUAAGCGAUAAUAUGCUGUGUAUGCGGAAUUUUGUUCAAGAUCAAGCUUGUAUAAGUUGGUUUUCCUUUCCUGCAUAUAGGUAUCUAUACAGGACUUUCAAUUUUAAUAACAAUUAAAUGUUUGUCUCAUUCACAUGAGAUAUGACGUGCUGAAAAAUUUGUAUGAAGUACUCUGCAGUUAAACGUACACAAAUGUGGAAAUGUAAAAUAAAAAUCAUUCUAUGAUUGUAAAUCAAAUGCAAUUAUUCAGAGAUGGCUAAGAAAUACUAUUAAUACUCUAACGUAAUAUUUGAUACAAUAUUGACAUUGUAGAUAUAUUUUUAUUUUCUGAUGUUUUCAAAUCAAUCAAUGAUAGCAGACAAGAGAAUUAAUAAGAUUGUUCCAAUAUUGAUUUUUAUAAGCUGUAAGCUCGUUUAAAUAUUUUCUAGGAAGUACUUAUUGUAAAAUUACUUUUGUUCUCGAUCAGGAUCUAUAGACUAGGAAAUCUGAUCGGCAAGAACUCGCACAACCUCGCUCCACGUUUAAUUAAUAAUCAUUAAUCAUGCUCCGUUGCUUCGGUGCGACAUUUUAUAAUUAUAAAAUCAUACUUAAUAAAAAGAGAGAGAGAGAGAAAGAACGAAAAAAAAACGUAACGAUUGUACAUUGCGAUAAACUGCAGAAAAAGCCGCUCACAAACACUAAUAAAAUACACGAUCACACACUUGUAUUCGCGAAGGUAAUCAUGUAAAAUAAUAACGACAAUAAAUAGCUCGUAAGCCAGUCUAAGCUAGACACUUGUCGAUAGUCGUAGAUAGUCAAAGUGAAGCUGAAGAGCGAAGACACCGUCUAUACGGGGGGGAUUUGAAGUCCAAAUCAUCGGCCAUAAAGGCUCCUUCACACAGACCUUUGUACAUGAAACGAAAUAAUUAUGCUCUUAAUAAUGGCGUUAUUUUCGAAUAAGUACAUAUCGAGGAUAUCAAGGGGCACCGCAUUUUCGUUUGAUAUAACGAGUUGGUUGAUAAAUUCCGAUAAGAAAUCAAUUUAUAAUUAUUGUUAAGCGUAAAUAACAAUGAGAAAACGUAAGGAAUUAUUUGUUGCAGUCUAAUUGUGUAAGGAUUCAGUUUUAUUGGUAUAAUUGCGAAUCGAUAAUUAUCAUAUCAUGUAAGGUGUAACUAUAUUAGAUAUAUAAUAUUGUAUAAUAUGUAAUAAAAAGGAUUAAUGCGUAAGAGUGGGUUGUAGACAGUUUGUGUGAAUGGGCCUGAAGGAUAUUGAAACCGAUUUCUUCGACCCUACAUGCGAUUAAAAAGAAUGCGACUAUUAAUAUUAACGAAGUACGAGAUGAAUAUAUAAAUAUAUAAACUCUUCUCUUAACAAAAGAGAGAAAGAGAAUAAGCGAGAGAGCGCGAGAGAGGGAGAGAAAGAAAGAAUGUGAGAGAGUGAAUAAAUGUAUCGAUUGAGAAAGAAAAAAGAUAUGUAAUUAUAUCAUUAGUAUAUAUAAUAUUACUAUCACACUAAUAUAAUAAAUGUGCCAUUUUUUCCAUAAUCGCAGUGUCGCCUAACGUGGAUCCUUGGCGAUCCGUCAAACUUUUUCUUUUUUGUUUCUCUUUUUAAUACAUCAUUCUGAUAUAUGCUAUUUGCCAUCAUUUAUUUUUUUUUCUUUCUCACUCGUUAUUUUAUUUGUAUAUUGUAUUCUCAGUAUUUUAGACAAUAUUUACAUUACGUUUUACGUUUUGCUCCUAUGAUACGUUUCGGUUUAAGUUUAAUUAUACUUCAUUAUACACAGAACUUUACGAUUAGCUACAUUAUGCACAGUAUGUAGAUACUUUUAGACAUUAACGAGUACAGCACGAUUUGUACUUGCUCAUCGUCUCUAACUGAUGACGAAUACAUUUUAUGAACUAUUGCAGUACAGAUAUGAACAUUUGUAGAGUCCACAUACUUUGGACUUUAUAUUUCUCGUACCUCAUGUUAUACAAGACAAGAUCAACGCGUUACAAUUUUCAUACGCUACAUAUGAUCAUUUCUUUACGAAGAGGGAAUAAAAACGCAAACGGAAAUAAACUUAUUAAUUUAAUCUA